CACACACACACACACACAAGCCCAUCGCCGCCACCCUCGACCUCCGCACAACCAAGUUGUUUGUCAAAUUUCACUGUGUGUAUUACUUCAGGGUUGUGAUGUCAUACCAGUUUGUCUGAAGAUGCUACAGCUCCAAUUUGACUUGACAUUGAACUUCCUCUUGAGAUAGAGCAGCACUUAUUUUACAAGUCUCUCUCUCUCUCUCUCUCUCUCUCCAUUCUAGGGUAUUGCUAUCGACGUUGAAACCUUUCACACCAAUUUCUCUGCCAAAAUCCUUAAUCCGAAAGCGCUGAGUUUGUGCGUCGUAUUCUCAAUAAUAAUAAUAAUAAUAAAAAGAUGGGUUCUUUCGCUGCAUUCAGUUCGAGUUGUUAUUUCGAUCGAGGAUGCUUUUGGAAGGAUGAAAUCAAGAAUUCAAAGGUUCGAAAAAUGUGUGUCAGAGCCUCGGUGGCCUCGACGCCACAAAGCUUCAAGGUUGCGGAUAUCCAAGCUCAGAAGUCAGAGAAGGCCAUUAGAAUUGGUGUUCUUGGAGCCAGUGGUUACACGNCUCAGGGUUAUAAUGAUAUCUUUCUAUGUUUGAAUUAUUGGUUUCCCAUCAAAUUGACUUCUCUGACUAAGAACUGCUUUUUUGAUUUGCCAGAUAUGGUUGCUGUCAGUGAUGCAGAUUUUUCCAAUGUGGAUGCUGUGUUUUGUUGUUUGCCACAUGGAACCACUCAGGAAAUUAUCAAAGGUCUUCCUAACAGGUUAAAGAUUGUUGAUCUUUCUGCGGACUUCAGGCUGCGAGAUAUUGGUGAAUAUGAAGAAUGGUAUGAUCAGCAUCACAGGGCACCUGAUCUGCAGAAAGAAGCUGUAUAUGGUUUGACAGAGAUCUAUAGAAGUGAAAUCCAAAAUGCACGUCUAGUGGCAAAUCCUGGAUGUUAUCCCACAUCUAUUCAGCUUCCUCUUAUUCCUUUGAUAAAGGCUAACCUUAUUGAAGUGAAAAAUAUCAUUAUUGACGCAAAAUCUGGUGUCAGUGGAGCAGGACGUGGUGCCAAGGAGGCAAAUUUAUACACUGAAAUAGCUGAAGGGAUUCAUUCUUAUGGCAUUACCAGGCAUCGUCAUGUGCCAGAAAUUGAACAAGGAUUAUCUGAUGCCUCUAAUUCAAAAGUAACUGUCAGCUUCACCCCACACUUAAUGCCCAUGAGCCGUGGUAUGCAAUCAACUAUGUAUGUGGAAAUGGUUCCGGGAGUUUCAACUGAGGAUUUGUGCCAUUGUUUGAGGAGCUUUUAUGAGAAUGAAGAAUUUACAAUUUUGCUGAAGAAUAAGGAAGUUCCUCACACUCGCCAUGUCCGAGGAUCUAAUUAUUGUCUUUUGAAUGUCUUUCCCGAUCGAAUCCCUGGAAGAGCAAUAAUAAUAUCUGUCAUUGAUAACCUUGUGAAGGGAGCUUCUGGCCAAGCUUUACAGAAUCUUAAUUUAAUGAUGGGAAUUCCAGAGAACACAGGGCUUCUGUGCAUGCCUUUAUUUCCUUAG